AUGUCUAGCCUUCCCACCACCGAAUAUUGUCCUGAGGCACAAUGCCUUAUCGCAGCCGGAUUACAAUCUCACGUCUUAGUUCCAAGCAAUGCGGAAUACACGCAACGCAUUGAGUCUUACUGGUGUAAUAGCGCCAAACUAAGGCCAGCAUGCAUUGUGCAACCAUCCUCUGCCUCUGAGGUCGCUACGGCAGUGAAAGCACUGGCAGACGCAGGUCAAGUCUUUGCUGUUCGCUCGGGAGGCCAUGGAAAUUGGGCCGGAAGCAACAAUAUUGACGGUGGGGUGACGAUCGACUUAGGUCUGAUUAGUUCAGCCGAAUAUGAUGCCACGACGGAAUUGGCACAUAUUGGACCUGCCGGCAAAUGGAAACAUGUUUAUGAAGAACUAGAGAAGCACGGACGAGUCGUCGCAGGGGCCCGCGAAGCAGAAGUUGGUGUUGGCGGUUUUCUGCUUGGCGGUGGCAACACAUUUUACAGUGGGCGCGUUGGUUUCGGCUGUGAUAAUGUUGUGGCCUAUGAAGUCGUAUUAGCUGAUGGCCGGAUUAUUACUGCUGAUGCGACUGGAGAAUAUUCUGACCUCUUCCGCGUUCUAAAGGGCGGGGGUAACAAUUUCGGAAUUGUCACCAAGUUCACCAUGCGAACAUUCUCAAGCGGACCCCUGUGGGGUGGAUAUGCGGCACAUCCAAUGGAGAUCAUGCCCGCAGCGGCACAGGCAUUCGUUGACUUUACCGCGAAUUCAUCAAAAGAUCCUGAUAGUACCCUAAAUCUUUCCGUUUGCCACAUGCCACAUUUAGGGGGCAGCCUCGCAGUAGCAGUCUGCACCAACGUCGCCGGAGUAGAGAACCCUCCAGCGUUCAGAGAGUUACGAGAGAAGCCUGAAAUUCUCAAUAACCUCAAGAAGACGACUCUUCAGGAGGUUUUGCCAUAUACUUCACUUCCGCCCAACUUUUACAAUACAUGGUACACUCUAACUUUUAAGAAUGAUGCAUCGAUCAUCGCUAAAGCGCAUGCGUUAUAUACUCAAUUAACAAGCAAGGUCCAAGAGAAGGUAGCUGGUGGCGAGUUCACUACCCACUGCUCCUUCCAACCUAUACCGAAAUAUUACACUGAGCACUCCGUAGCUGCUGGUGGCAAUAUAUUCGGAUUAGAACGCUAUGCACAUGACGCUAUUCUGAUACAAGCCAGUGUCAGUGUCCGCACGCCGGAGUUAGCGAGCUGGGCACGUCCACAGGUUCGUGAGAUGAUUGAAGGUAUCCGCAAAUUUGCCGAGUCUGUCGAGGAUGGUAUCUGCCCUUGGCUAUAUAUCAAUUAUGCGAGUCCGGAUCAAAAUGUCCUUCAAAGUUACGGAAAAGAUAAUGUGGAUAAAAUGAGGAAUGCGGCCGCUAAAUAUGACCCCAAAGGCGUCUUUCAGCGGUUGUGUCCCGGCGGGUUCAAGAUCUCAGCUGUCAAAGACUAG